AUGUCCGACUCGGGAACCGUGGCUCUCUUUUCCCCGGCCCAGCAUGGCCACCUCAUCCCCUACCUCGCCGCCAUCCACGCCUCCUGCAUCACCCACGACCGCACAAUCGCCACUUUUCUGCCACCCCUGUCCCACGAGAAGCUUCUCGCCUGGUGGAAGGAGCGCAUUGCCGAGGUCAACGAUGGCAAGCGGCUGAUCUUCAUCCUGCUCAACGAGUCUGAGCCUGGGACCCGCGCCAAGGGUGGUGAGGUUAUGGGCGUUGUGAUGCUCUCCAUGCCCUACUCCGAGACGGGGCCCUUUCGUGGCUUUGUCGAGAAGCUCCUUGUUCACAAAAACUUCCGGGGUAGGGGUGGUGCCAGGGCCCUCCUUGGCUCUCUCGAAAUCGAGGCAGUCAAGCGCGGGAGGUCCAUGUUGCUCCUUGAUACCGAAUCCGGUAGUGCAGCAGAGGAAGUGUUUAAGAAAUUCGGAUACGUGGAGCUAGGCCGGAUCCCAAAUUACGGCUUGAGUCCGGCGAGGGAGCUGAAAGACGGCACCUUUUUCUACAAGCAAUUGCAAUGA